AAUUCCCUCCUCUCUUCCUCUGUUUCUGCCCGCCUCACAUUGCAAAAUACUAUAUUUUGCAGCGGCAGAAGGAGCUCUCUCUCUUUCUCUCUGAGACAUCCUUUUAGCUUUUGAUUUUAGUUUAUAACAAUCUUAAUCCAAAUGCCUUCUUUGGCUAUAUCUGACCUCAAAGAGAAGAAAGAAGAGAAAAUGAUGAAGAAGAAGAUCGCUCUCGAAACACCUGAAUCCGAUAAAAAAACGAAGAAGAUCAAGGAACCUAAGGUUAGAGAAGAGGAAGAUGAUUCGGCUGUGAAGAAGAGUAAAAAGAAGCGUAAGGCCUCGGAGCUCCAAAUGGAAGAGGAGGAGAGGAGCGAGACGAGCUCGGAGCUUGUUGAGCCGGUGGAUCCAAAGGAGAAGAAAAAGAAGAAAAAGAAAGCUAAGGUCGAGGAAGAAGGAGAUGGAGAUGGAGAUGGAGAUGAAGGGAAAAGUGAGGAUCCUAAUGCGAUUUCGAGGUUUCGGAUUUCGGAAGCGCUUAGGGAAAAGCUUAAGUCCAAGGGGAUUGAGGCUUUGUUCCCCAUUCAAGCCAUGACUUUUGAUAUGAUUCUUGAUGGCACUGAUUUAGUUGGACGCGCACGAACCGGUCAGGGUAAGACACUGGCCUUUGUGUUGCCUAUAUUGGAGUCUUUAACAAAUGGCCCUGGAAAAUCGUCAAGGACGUCUGGAUAUGGAAGGGCACCAAGUGUUCUAGUACUUUUACCAACCAGGGAAUUGGCUAAACAGGUUUUUGAGGACUUUGAAGUUUAUGGUGAGGCAGUGGGGUUGACAUCAUGUUGUUUAUAUGGAGGUGCUCCUUACCACACCCAAGAGAUGAAACUGAAGAGAGGGGUUGACAUAGUUGUUGGGACUCCUGGACGUGUAAAGGAUCACAUAGAGAGGGGCAAUAUUCACUUAGGCUCAUUGACAUUCCGAGUUCUUGAUGAAGCAGAUGAAAUGUUGAGAAUGGGAUUUGUUGAUGAUGUUGAACUUAUAUUAGGCAAGGUAGCGGAUGCAAGUAAAGUUCAGACAGUUCUUUUUAGUGCCACCUUGCCGGACUGGGUGAAGGGUAUUGCUUCAAGGUUUCUUAAACCAAGUAAGAAGACUGUUGAUCUAGUUGGUAAUGAGAAGAUGAAGGCUAGUACCAAUGUUAGGCAUAUUGUUUUGCCCUGUUCUAAGUCUGCAAGGUCACAGUUGAUCCCAGAUAUUAUACGUUGUUAUAGCAGUGGUGGACGAACUAUUAUAUUCACUGAGACAAAAGAUUCUGCCUCUGAGCUUGCUGGCUUAUUGCCUGGAUCCCGUGCUUUGCAUGGUGACAUACAGCAGGCCCAACGUGAGGUCACCCUUAAUGGGUUCCGCUCAGGCAAGUUCAUGACAUUAGUGGCUACCAAUGUGGCAGCGCGGGGAUUAGAUAUCAAUGAUGUGCAGUUAAUCAUCCAGUGUGAGCCUCCACGUGAUGUAGAAGCAUACAUUCAUAGGUCUGGACGAACAGGCAGAGCAGGCAAUACUGGAGUUGCUGUCAUGCUUUAUGAUCCUAAAAGGUCAAGCGUAUCAAAGAUAGAAAGAGAAUCCGGUGUAAAAUUUGAGCACAUAUCUGCUCCUCAGCCUGUUGAUAUUGCGAAAUCUGCUGGUGUAGAAGCAGCAAAAAUAAUAACCCAAGUCUCAGACAGUGUAAUCCCUGCCUUCAAGGACGUUGCUCAGGAGCUUUUGGAAACUUCUGGCCUAUCAGCACAAGAUCUGCUCGCCAAAGCACUUGCCAAGGCUGCAGGUUACUCUGAGAUAAAGAGUAGAUCCCUUCUAUCGUCUAUGGAGAACCAUGUUACUUUACUUCUUGAAGCUGGAAAACCUAUUUACACACUUUCAUUUGUUUUUGGUGUCUUGAAAAGAUUCUUGCCCGAGGAAAAGGUUCAGUCAGUGCAAGGUCUGACCCUUACCGCUGAUGGAAUGGGUGCAGUUUUUGAUGUUGCAGAAGAUGAUGUGGAAGCAUUUCUUACUGGUGCUGAAAAUGCAGCUAAUGUUAACUUAGAGGUGUUGAAGAAUGCGUUGCCACCCUUGCAACAGAGGGACAUGUCAAGAGGAAGAUUUGGUGGUGGACGGGGUGGUUUUGGUGAUAGAAAUGGUGGUGGUAGCAGGUUCUCUGGCGGCAGAGGUGGUGGCCGAGGUGGGUUUUCCGAUAGAAGGAAUGGAGGUGGGCGAGGUCAUUAUAAUAGUAAGAGAUGGUGAGUGAACUCUUGACUUCAGCCAAUGUAAUAAGGGUACUCGAGGGAAGUGGCACCACCUGAAGAUGAAGAAGAUAUGAACCCUUGCAACAUUUUAUCUACUUGUGUUGAUCUGUAUUUUUUUUUUUUUUCGUUUUUAAAUUAUAUGAUAAUCCCUGGGGGUUUUGCCUUCCUCCCCAGUUUUAUUUCUUAUGUUUUGCUAGAAAUGUAAGAAAAAUACAUUUAAUAUGUAAUCCUUGCCUGCGACCAAAAACAUUAGCAGGAGAAAAGAAUUAUAAAAAAAUAUUUAAGCA